UCGUCCCCGCCCCUCCCCGGGCGGAAGCGCAGUAGCAUGGCCGGAAGCAGCCUUCGCCGCCCGCAGUCGAGAUGGCGGCGUGCGAGAGGCGGCGGGCGGCUGCCGCCCCGGCCGCUGCUCCGGCGGCAAGCAGCGGACUGACGGAGCCGGCUGGGGCGGCGAGCGGCGGGCUAGGGAGCGAGGCGGAGUUCCUGCUGCGGGCUGGCGUCACUGCCAUGGUGCGAGAGGCGCUGCUGAAGGUGCUGGAGGCGCGGCCCGAGGAGCCGGUCUCCUUCCUGGCUGACUACUUCGAGCGGCUGGUGUUGGGCAGCGCCGAGGCCGCCGCGGAGCCCCCGGGGCAGCCGCAGCGCCUGGCCCGGGCGCUGUGGUACGUGCGGCUGGCUCAUCACUCCCACAGGACAGCUUUCGACAGCAACGCCGGCGCGGCCUACGAGGUGCUGGGUGCCGGCGGGCGGCGGCGGCGGGCGGGCGUGGACGGGCGGCUGUACAGCGAGCUGCUGCGGCGCAUCUGCCAGCACGGGGCCGCGCCGGCGGAGGCGGCGGCCGCGCUGCUGGGCCGCGUCCGCUGCCGCGACCACGAGGCCGUCCCCUUCGACGUGUUCCGUUACGGCGUCCUGACCUGCUUCGUGCUGCUGGAGUUCGCGGCCAAGGCGGACGCGCUCUACGGCGUCCUGGACGGUGGCUCCGGUGCUGCGGACGGCAGGGUGUGCCGGGCCGUGCUGCGGGCGCUGGAGGAUGCCCUGCGCGUCAGCCACUUCUCCAUCCCCAGCCGCUACCUGGAAGCGGGCUCCAAACUGCGGCCGGACGGCCUGGCCCUAGCCAUGGACCAGGCGCUGCAGGAGAGGAAGGUUGGCCCCUCCAUGAGCAGGGAGGAGUUCCUGAGUAAAGCUACUGCCCUCUUUGUGGCGAAAGUGAAGCCUGUUGAGUAACACUCGGGUGGCAGCAAUGCUGGCUGUGUCUGCAUCCACCUCUUUGCAGGGCUGUUCAUGCUAAGGAGGCUCCAGACCCUGGUGCCAAGCUGGACAGCAGGCACAGGGACUGCUUGUGCCUGUCUGAAAGCCCAGCUCUGCCUGACAGAAGAUUUUCACCCCCUUCCUUAUUCAGUCAUGACAGGUGCUGGAUGUAUCCCUGUCCUCUGUGCCUCUGCCAGCUGUGGCUCCUCUGAUCCAGCUGGCACUAGUAAAUCUUUUUUAGGUGUUACCUGAGGAUUUGGAAGGAGGCCUGUGAGCUGCAGGGCAGUGUUACUCAUUAAAAACGAGCCAGAACAAAGCAAACACAGGGCUAGACCUGCAGACAGCUCACAGUUUUGCCCUAGCCCUCACAGUGUCGUGUUUUGCAGCUUUGUUUCUGGGUUUGGGUUUGUUUUGCACUUAACUGAGAAGCAAAGGGUGCUGCUUCCCUGCCUCACAGGCUGCUGUAAGGCUUUGCAGGUAAAUGUGGGGCUGCUCCUGGAGGUGAGAUGAAGCAUUAAGUUGAAUGUGUUAAACGCACAGCAGAUGAGGACUGUUGGGCAGCAAACCUCACCAGGCUGAGGUGAGCAGAGAGCUUUUGGCUCUGCCAGCAGCUGAAGCCAUGUGGCAGUGAGCUGCUGUUUACUCAACCGCCCCUGGCUGCUGCGGUUUGGACUCUGACGAGCAAAGCUCUGACCUGGGCAAUGACUUCAUCCACAAAGCUGCAGACAUGAUCUGGGACACGAAAUUCUGGGUCAAGACCAGACAAACCCUGAUCCCUGAGGUCACAGUUUGCUGUUGAACAGAGAUGCCUGUUGAAUCAUGUGCUAUUUAUUUGAACUUGUCUGUGUUGGUUUAUACUGUGUCUGUUGGUUUACUGUAAGACAUUAAAGCUUUCUAUGUUUGUUUUUUUUUUUAA